GGCAACUACAAUCUCGAAACUCCUUUAUGUGUUGUCUUAUCGAUGUGUAAUGUGUAAUUCAAAGUGAUAACUAGUGUAUUAGCACUGAAAUAUUGGAGUGUGCAUAUUGGAAUAUUGGGUGCUGUGCAGCAUAUCGAAAACUGCAAAUUGUAAAUUAGCAUACCAACCGCUGACUGUGUGUCGUUAAAAUGAGGCUAUUUUCAAUGCGAAUGUCCAACGUAAACAAGAUGUUGGAUUUUUACUCCCAGUUUAAUCCUUCGCCACUAAGCAUAAAGCAAUUUAUUGACUUUGGCUUAAAUGCAUGCCCACGAAAGUCGUAUAUUUUCCUGCGGAAAGAACUACCUGUUCGUCUGGCGAAUAUAAUGAAGGAAAUCACCCUACUUCCAGAAAGUUUACUUCGAAUGCCAUCCGUAGGUUUAGUCAGCGCGUGGUACGUGAAAAGUUUCGAAGAGGUGCUCGCCUUCGAGAAAACCGAUCCAUCAGAAACUAACUUGGAGAAAUUUUGCAAAUCACUCAUACAAAUCCGUGACCGCCACUCCGAUGUAGUCCAAACAAUGGCACAGGGUAUAUUGGAGCUGAAAGAAAGCCGCAACGGAUCUAUUGAACUAUCCACUGAGCUGUCUAUUCAGUAUUUUCUCGAUCGUCUUUACAUGUCUCGUAUUAGUAUACGCAUGCUUAUCAAUCAGCACACAAUACUGUUUGGAGAAAUACCCCAAACGGGACGACAUAUUGGUAGCAUAGAUCCUUUAUGUGAUCCUCACAUGGUCGUUAACGAUGCUUACGAAAAUGCUCGCUUUCUAUGUGAUCAAUACUAUCUAGCAAGUCCGGAGCUUGAGGUCGUCGAACAUAACGAAAUAGACAAGGGAAAUUCAAUCAAGAUUGUGUAUGUACCUUCCCACUUGUACCACAUGUUGUUUGAACUUUUCAAAAAUGCGAUGCGUGCCGUCAUGGAACACCACGGAACGGAAGACGAUGUCCCACCGAUAAAGGUUACAAUAGUGAAAGGCAAAGAAGAUAUUUGUGUUAAAAUGUCCGACCAGGGCGGUGGCAUUCCGCGUUCACAAGUGGAUCAACUGUUCAAAUACAUGUACAGUACAGCGCCUCAACCGCCGAAAUCAAAAACCGAUUUACCAUUGGUUCCGCUAGCGGGUUAUGGAUACGGUUUACCAAUAUCUAGAUUGUAUGCUCGUUACUUUCACGGUGAUUUAGUUUUGUUCUCUUGUGAAGGCUAUGGAUCGGAUGCAAUUAUUUAUCUGAAAGCUUUUUCUGAUGAAGCAAACGAAUUACUUCCGAUAUUCAACAAAACAAGCACACGAUUCUACAAAGCAACCGUGCCGACCGGAGACUGGUCGAAUCAGGGAAAGAACUUUACCAACAGAUUGUUGUAGCGGUUCUGUAUACCCAUAAAGAGCAUAUUGUGUGCAUUGUCGUUUAGUAAUUGCCUAUAGAUGGAUCGCCUACGUUAUGAAUGGAUGCGACCUGCUGCCCUUCUCUGCUUACUGUUCUACUACGCGAUAUUACAAUUAGCAUCUUAACAUGAUCAAAUUUGUUUUCAUAGUUGAAUGUUACCAAAUGUUUCAAGUCAGUCAUAAUACUGUUACAUUGCGUUAGUUGUUUAUUACUUUUUAAAGGUUUUAUUUAUACAAUAGUUACUAUGAACUAAAUAUAUGCGCUUAUACUUAC